AAUUGUAAUUAGAACAUAUUUCUUACAGUAUCAAUAAAUAUUGCUAUUACAUUAAAAAACUUAGUUAGAAUAAAAUAAGUUGAUCAAAACACAAAGGAUUAACGAUUAAUAAUAAAUUGAUAAGAUAAUCUGUUUGAUAAAAAAAAAAUACAUAGCACUAUAAUAAAAAGAUAAGACACUUUAUUCAGUCCCGUCACUUCGAUCGGCUGGCUCUAGUACAAAAAUGAAAAUAUUUAUAAGUGUCAUCACGACUUUGUUGUUGAACCCGAAUUCUAUGUCUGUCUCAGGAGUGGAGACGAUACCAGAUUCAAUAAAUCCCGUGUGCUUCCAAUUCACGUGGCCAGGCCCCAGAUAUGACAACACCAGUCAAAUUAAUAUAGAUUGUAAGAAACACAACGAGCCGUGCUUUAAACCGAUUGUUGCUACACCUGAUUCAACUCCACCAAACACAACUUAUAUGUGGCAUUAUGAAAACCGAACAUUAGUAACAUGUCCUAUGAGAAACGGCUAUGUCUGUAUUAAAUAUUCUUACAUUUAUAAUACAGCAGUGCUCAACUCAUCGUAUUUCUGUGGUAAAGUUAUUGAAGACAAAACGGUAGCCAUUGAUUACGGUUGUUAUACCCAAAAGAGAGAUGGGCAUACGAUAGAAGUAUGCGCAUGUAAAUCAAACGGAGGGCAUAUUCCAUGCAAUUCGUCGCCGGAAAUUAGUAAUUCGUUGAAUAAACUCAUCAUUAUAACAUUUUUUAUAAAUUUAAUUACUGAUAAACUAUUAUUAGCAUAAAUUACAACAAAAAAUUUU